AAUAUAAUAAUAAUAAUAAUAAAAUAAUUGCAAACUGACAUUUUAAAUUAUUGGUAAACAAAUAACAAUUGAUAUAAAUAAAUUAUAGGUACAUUUAAAUAUAGUUUCACAGAUGAUUUAUUAAAUAACAAUAUAAAAAAUGUUGCACGAGCUUUUGCUGUCAUUGUGGGGAUGCUCCACGAGUUUGGAAAAAAUUGUUGAGAGUGAUUCAAUUUUGUUGGAUAAAUAUUUUCAUCCUGGUGAAAGAGGCUUAAUCAAAGAAAUUCAACAAAUAGCCAAUGACUGCAAUUUCAUCAGAUCAUUUAUCAAAACAAAUUCAACAACUAAAUCAUCAUCAUCAUCAUCAUCAUCACAUGUUAUUAUCAACACAAAUGAUGAAAAAGAUGAAUUUAAUGUUAUACUCAAAGAAGGAUUGUAUCUUCAGGCAUUAUGUGAUGGAAUGGACAAAGCAUUGGAACCAUUUAGAGAUGAAAUUGCUGAUUUAGAAAAAUGUAUAUUACACAAUGCUCAUACACCAGCAACAACAAUACUAUCUCGUAUCGAAAAAUAUCAACAUUUAUUUAAUAUAUUAAAAUACAUAAUACGUCAAAUAAAUAGUUUAAAAAUUCAUGGAUGUGCAUUGUUACAGUGUAUUCAUCAACAAAUACAUACUGGUAUGCCUGAAGUUAAAUUGGCACUUGAAAAAAUGUCACACUGUGUACAUGCUAUUUUUUAUAAACAAUUAACAAGUUGGUUAUUGUAUGGUCAACUUGAAGAUGUACAUAAAGAAUUUUUUAUUCAAAAAACAAAGACCAAUAAUAAUAAUAAUAAUACACAAGAAGCAGCAACAACAACAACAACAAGUGGAGUUGGUAAAAAAAAAAUUGUUGAUAUGUGGAAUUAUGAUAUUGUUGUUGACAUGUUACCAUCAUACAUUAGACUAUCAUUGGCCAUGAAAAUAUUGAGUAUUGGUCAAACAAUAAUAAUAUUUGGCAAUGAUCCACGUCAACAUGAUUGUUUGUUAAAAGCUGUUGAAAAAAAUGAAAAUCCAGUAUGGGGUGAAAAAGAACACGAGUAUUUUGGUAAACUUCAAAGUCUACAAAUGAAAGCAAUAUUUGAUGUGACUGAAUUUGAAAAUACAAUUGAUGAAUUAAAAAAAUGUGUGACAAAAUUAUUGUGGCAAGUUGCUGUUGAUGAUGCACAAUUAUUUCAACAACUUAAAUUUAUCAAAGAUUUUUUUCUCAUUGGUAGAGGUGAUUUAUUUUUGGAUUUUAUUAAAUUAACAUCACAUUUAUUAAAUAAAAUGCCAACAAGUCACACAUCAAGAGAUGUUAAUCUUGCAUUUCAAAUGACUAUGAGAAAAAUGAUGCUUAAUGAUGAAAGUGCAAUGGAUUGUUUUAAUUUUGCAUUACCACUACCACCAAUAACAGAAACAUUACAAAAUAAUAACAGCAAUAAUAAUAAUAAUGAAAUUAAUAAUUUAAAUAAAGAACGUGAUCGUGAUGAUCCAAUUGAUAAACAAGGAUGGGGUAUUAUUGUACUUCAGUAUAAAGUUGUUUGGCCAUUGCAACUUUUAUUUAAUCCAAAAUCACUUGUUAAUUAUAAUAUUAUAUUUAGAUUUUUAUUGAGAGUUAAAAAAACCCAAAUUAAUUUAUGGAAAUUAUGGUCAGAGCAUGCACGUUCAAAAAAUAUUGAUAUUGGUGUAUUACAAUUGAGAAAUAAUCUUAUUUUUAUUCUUGAUAAUUUACAAUAUUAUUUACAAGUUGAUGUAUUGGAAAGUCAAUAUACUGUUAUGGAAAAUUGCAUUAAAAAUACUAAAAAUUUUGAGGAUAUACAAACAGCUCAUUCAAUUUUUUUAGCAAAUAUUAUGUCACAAACAUUUUUAACUGGUAAUGCUGAAAAUAAAAAUCCAGUUAAUAAUUUAAUUAGAUUAUUACUUCGUCUGUGUGAUGAUUUUAUUGUUCAAUCAUCAAUGUGGGAAGUUACAGCAUUACUAAGUACAGAAAGAGAAGAACUCAAAAUUUUAACAGACACAUUAAGCACCAUUAUGGAUUUACUUAUUAAAACAUUAAAUAGAGUUCACAAUCAACCAAGUGGUAAACACUUGGCACAAUUACUUUUGCGUCUUGAUUUUAAUCGUUGGUUUAGCAAACAAAUGUAAAUUUAUUAUUUAUUUUCAUUCAUUAAUAUUAAUAAAUAUUAUUAAAUAUAAAAA